GCACACGCAGCAGCGGAGUGCACUCCGCUAGUAAUAUUCCACUGCUCCCACCUUCUCGGUACGUAGGCACAAGGAGUAAGACCUGGCCUUGUGAUCUGUGAUGGGGCAGUAGGCAGCUCAGGUCAGAGCUUCACGCAACUGCGUCGACGUGUUGGGGGCUAGCUCUCUUCUCUUGGGCACCGGGGCGAGCCAAAUGUGGGAUGUGGCCGUGGUUGGAGAAGAUUGCGUCCGCGUGCUGGGACCGGGUCCGGAGGUACGCGCCUACGAGUACGAGGAGGGAUGAGGACGGCGGCAGCGGCAGCGGCGCAGACGCCGACGACCUGCUGCUCUGGUCGCGGGACCUUGGGCGCCACGCGGCGGGGGACUUUUCCUUCGCCGUCGUCCAGGCCAACGAGGUGCUCGAGGACCACAGCCAGGUCGAGACCGGCGCCGCCGCCACCUUCGUCGGCGUCUACGACGGCCACGGCGGCGCCGAGGCCUCCCGCUUCAUCUCCAACCACCUUUCCGCGCACCUCGUCCGUCUUGCCCAAGAAAGUGGAGCAGUAUCUGAGAAUGUUGUCCGAAAUGCCUUUUCUGCUACAGAGGAAGGCUUCCUGUCGCUCGUGCGCAGGACACACUUGAUAAAACCUUCUAUUGCUGCCAUCGGAUCUUGCUGUCUGGUUGGUGUCAUAUGGAGAAAAACACUUUACCUGGCCAAUCUUGGCGAUUCUCGGGCGGUUGUCGGUUGUUUAGUUGGAUCAAACAAGAUUUUUGCCGAGCAGCUAACGAGAGACCACAACGCAAGCAUCGAGGAAGUGAGGCAGGAGCUUAAAUCUCUUCACCCUGAUGACUCACAGAUUGUUGUUCUGAAAAAUGGCGUCUGGCGCAUCAAAGGCAUUAUACAGGUUUCAAGGUCUAUAGGUGAUGCAUAUCUAAAGAAGCAAGAAUUCGCUGUCGAUCCAUCCAUAACUCGAUUCCAUCUCUCCGAGCCUCUCCGACGGCCCGUUCUAACUUCCGAGCCCUCAAUAAGCACGAGGCUUAUUCGUCCACAAGAUAGUUUUGUUAUCUUUGCAUCGGAUGGAUUAUGGGAGCACCUUACAAACCAGCAAGCCGUCGAAAUCGUGCACAACAAUCCACGUGAAGGUAUUGCAAGGAGGCUGAUAAAAGCAGCUUUGAAAGAAGCUGCACGGAAGAGGGAAAUGAGGUACAACGAUAUUACGAAACUAGAGAAAGGAGUCCGUCGAUUCUUCCAUGAUGACAUCACAGUUGUUGUAGUUUUCAUUGAUCAUGGGCUACUGCAGGAGGGGAAUGCUUCUGCUCCUGAACUUUCAGUUCGUGGGUUUGUUGAGUCAAGAGGCUCCUCCAGCUUUUCAGGGUUAAAUAGCAUUUCUUGAUAUACUAAUCUAGUGAUCUUGUUUUUAUCAUUCCAGUGUAAUCUUAAAUUUAAACUUUGAAGCCGUCUUUUGGUUCUGUUAUUGCAUAGCAGAGUACAUUAAUAGUUCAAUGUAUAUAACUUCAUGCCACCUUGGAA